AUGUGGAAAGGAAUCAGCGGAUCCACGCAGCAAGGCGUUGAGGUCCUCACGGCCAACAUCGCUACCCUGCUGGAUCUGUACGGCGUAGAGCGGGGACUCGAUCACUACCGGUCAACACCGACGCUGAACUUUGACCACUAUCUGUACUACCUCGGUCAGGAGGUAUUCUCCUCUGUGUCCAACGAGCUACCUCUGUCGGCCGUCCGGAACUACGAAGGCAAAAUCGAUGAGGUCUGCUGGUUGGUGUGUCACAAGGACUUCCUGCUGAAGGAUGCCUACUUCAUGGAGGAAGCCAUCUAUCAGUUGUUCAGAAUAUUCUGCAUGAUGGCCGACUUGUACAACGACAACGCCGAUGACAAUCAGUUCACGGUCAAGAUCCACCCGUCGGAAGCGCUGAUCGUGGUCAAGCAACUGCUGAAUUCGCUGGGGCUGGACUACAACAACGAGGAAAAGUAUGACUAUUUGAAGAAAUGGGAUGAUGGGCUGGAUUUUGGAGAAUUCUUGGCCAUUCUGAGAUUUAAGGACUUUGUUAAGUUGAACGACUACGCGGCAUCGAUCUGCGAGGCGAUCAGAGAUAUCUACCAGACGCUGAUCAUGGAUGUGAUCAAGAAGGGUUAUCUGUUCAGGAGGGGCUACGUGCUGCCGACAUUUCGGGAGUACUUUUUCGUGCUUCAGCCUUGCGAGUUGACGUACUACAAACAUCACACGGACCGGGAGGUAUGCGGGACGAUAGCGCUGGAUUCGAAAUUUACCGUGAAGCCCUUCAUACCGUCAUCGGGCAAGACUGAACGCGUUCCAAAAUUCACCUUGGUCUCAGGUGAUCGCACGUAUGAAUUGGGAGCGCAAGAUCACAAGACACGGCUCCAGUGGAUAUCGGUCCUACAGUUGGCCAUAACGUACUCCACGGGUCGAGAGGGCUUCCAACGGGAUACAGUCAACAUCCUUGAUUCUGCGCUAACCUUCCGUUUACAUUACAACGAUAUUAUCUCCAGAGCUAACCGACAGCUUGGAUUCAUCUUCAAAAUAGCCAACGUAUUCCGUGACCCUCUCUGCCUUCGUUCGUUAUAUUGUGCUCUGAUACGAUCGAUACUGGAAUCAAAUGCUGUAGUUUGGUGCCCGUAUCAAUUAACGUGGAUUGCUAGGAUCGAAGCGAUCCAAAGGAAAUUUGUAAGGUACGCCCUUCGUGAUCUUCCAUGGCGAGAUCCGCUCAAUCUGCCACAGUGCGAGGACCGCUGUAGACUGCUGGGUAUUGUAACUCUAGACGAUCCACUGCGCAAGCGAUAUUGGUGGCUAAAAUCCUUUAAGGAGACACGGAUUCACCUGAUAUCCUGGCCCAGUUGA